UUUGAAUUGGAAAGUUUGAAACAGAUGACUUGCCAACACCAACUCUACCUUCCCUCUUGUACUUAAUAUGCCUAGCACCCUCCUCCCACUUUCACUCCAUUCACCUCUCCUCUUUACUCCUGUCUGAAAUCCGAGCGCCAAAAAUGGUGAACUUAGUAGCCAUACAGGAGCCACUGAUUAUCAUGUUGAUGAAAAUGGCCGGAGUCCAGACCCACGCCAUCGAAAUUGAGCCUGGAACCAUCAUGAACUUCUGGGUACCAAAUGAAACCAUUCAAAAGCCCAACAAAAAAUCAAAAACCACCGUCGUCACCACAAUCAACCCCAAACCGGAGAAGCCGGUGGUCGUCUUAGUCCAUGGUUUUGCUGCAGAGGGCAUAGCCACAUGGCAGUUUCAAAUUGGCUCGCUCUCAAAGGAGUACUCUGUAUACGUGCCGGAUCUUCUCUUCUUCGGAGGAUCAAUCUCUGAUAGCCCCGAUCGGUCUCCGACGUUUCAGGCGGAGUGUUUGGUCAAAGGGUUGAGAAAGCUGGGAGUUGAGCGGUGUGUGGUGGUGGGUUUUAGUUAUGGUGGGAUGGUGGCGUUUAAGAUGGCUGAAUUGUACCCGGAGAUGAUUCGAGCUAUGGUGAUUUCAGGGUCGAUACUUUCUAUGACGGAUUCAAUAAGUGAGUUGACAUUGAAAGAGUUAGGUUUUUCAUCGUCGUCGGAGCUUCUGUUGCCGGAUUCGGUGAAGGGUUUGAAGGCGCUUUUAUCUGUUGCGACACAUAAGAAGCUAUGGUUCCCUGACCGCCUCCAUAAAGAUUACCUCGAGGUUAUGUUUAACAACAGAAAAGAAAGAGGUGAGCUACUAGAGGGAUUGAUAGUUAGCAACAAGGAUAUUACCAUUCCGUAUUUUCCACAGAGAAUACAUCUUCUAUGGGGCGAGAAUGAUCAAAUAUUUAAGAUGGAGCUUGCUCAAAACAUGAAAUGGGAAUUAGGAGAGAAUACAACAGUUGAAGGGAUACCAAAGGCUGGCCAUCUUGUUCAUAUAGAACGACCAUGUGUCUAUAGUCGAUGUCUCAAGAAGUUUCUUGCUUCACUACCAGCUGAAGAACCACUACACAAAUAAUCGUUUAUCACUUUGUAUUUUUUUUCUCUAU